GCCGCAGUGGAUACGGGUUGCGGGCUGAUUUGUUUAUCACUCGGUGUAAAAUUAGUUUUCAGCUCAAGUCAUGGCCACUGACCACGUCUGUAUGCGCACAAGUGGAACUCGAGGUGUCUGUGAAGCAUUCGUUGAGUGGGGUCGCAUUGUCGCUGCAGGUAGUGCUGUGCGUGAUUCGUCGAUGUAGACCGUGCUUUAUCGUGUUCUUCUGGUGUAAAUUCCCAGCCUGCGCACCUGUAUGCACGAUCAAUUGCAAUGACCUUCUCUCGGAGCCUCACAUCGACGUUGGAAUAGCCGAAUUCAAAACUGGAUUUUCCUUGGGUGACGUUGCAACCUUCGCCGUAUAGUAAAUUAUUCGUGCUCCGUUUCCGAUCAACGUGUUCUAUUCUUGGUCUUCACUGCAUUGCACAAGCGGUCGCUGGUGAAGCUGCGGACUUUUUCUAUGCCGUGGAUGUUUUUUUUUUGUGUAAUGCGCUGACUGGGCAGCAUGUCUCGCCUUACGACAUGUGAUUGGGAUUGUACUUCAAAUGCAAUGCCUUCAGGGAUUAAAAUCAAGAUUGUUGGAAGUGAAUAUGCAAGAACCUGGACUGUACUUUCUUCCGGAAAGGUCAACUGCAAAUAUGCAGAGGAGCAUUCCCUAACGGAGCAAAUGCGUCCAGAGUGUAAACGAGUAAAUCAUUUAUAAGCUCCCCGGAAAGCAACAUUGUGCACCCUUCAGUUGCUGCACGGUUCCUCGAGAAAGCUGACGACAGGCUGUAGUGUGCAGAGCACGCGCGCGGAAGUCGACGUCGCUUGGUAAAGAUGACCUCUAUGGCGGAACGCAUGCCAUGUGCUGCAUUGAAAAAAGCUCACGAAUGGUCAGGCCUGCGCCGUAGAACAUGGCUAAAGGUCGGCGCGUGCACAGCCACUGGCGUUAUGCUGCUACCACUGAUCUACGCGCAUCUAGUAGCCUUGCCGUCGUCGUGGUGUGAGACGGGUGGAGGAGCGCACACCGAAGGCCCAACGGUGUACGUGGUGACACCGACGUACCGGCGUGCCACCCAGGCCCCCGACAUGGUCAGGCUGUCACAGGCGCUCAUGAUGGCGAAGGUCCGCAUCUUCUGGGUCGUUGUCGAGGACGCCGAACGGCCGUCAUCGUUGGUGGGGAACAUAAUGCGCCGCUCGGGGCUGGCCGGAGUUCAGCUGACCAGUCGGACUCCCUCACAAUUUCGGCAAGCAAAACACGGCAAGGGCGUCGCCCCUCGCAUGAGGGCGAUAGCGUGGCUGCGAGCCAACGCCGUGUUGCCUUCCGUCCUGUACUUCGCCGACGACGACAACUCGUACGACCACCGCCUAUUCGGCCAGAUUGCCCAGGUGCAGCGGGUUGGCGUGCUACCCGUCGGUCUGAUAGGGACGUACAGCGUCAGUUCUCCCGUGGUGUCGUCCGCCGGCCGCGUAGUGGGCUUCCACGACUCGUACAGGCCGGAACGUCGUUUCGCGAUGGACAUGGCCGGGUUCGCCGUCAACAUGCGGCUCGUUCUGUCCAGCGCAAACCUCAGCAUGCCCUACAAGUUGGGACAGCUGGAGACGGGGUUUCUGGAGAGCCUCGGCAUCAGUGUCGACGACUUGGAGCCGCUGGCCAGCUACUGCACCGAGGUGCUAGUGUGGCACACCAAGAUGGUUUCGAAAAGAUUUCCUUCAACAAAGGUAUUACGUCGACUUAACAUUACGUCACCGAAUAAUUUACCGCUAUUAUACAAGAACAUCUUAGAAGACGAAGUUUAGAACGUAUACAAAAAAGAGGUCUCUUCCCCGUGGUGUCCCGCUGAGAUGUGUCGACGAAAAGUGCUUCCAAUCUGCAAGCGACAACCUUGCAACGUGUUCUAUACGCCCGGCUUCUGCGUCUACGGCUGACGUUCAUCAACUUCUGUGACUUCCAAAGGACCCUGGAACACUUUCUCAAUCAACGACCUGCUAAUGCGAAUAGCAUGCUUGCUAAUGUCAGACGAGUUUUAUUCCGGGCCAUCUAUGUAGCAAUGCACCAAAGUUAUGGGAUGAUCCCGAAGAUAGUGAAAUGUAAAAGUCUGAGCCGAUCCCAAAGGUAGUGCAGUCUGAAAAUGCGCGUCUAACAUCGUUCACGGCGAUCGCAAAAAAAAUUUAAAACUUUGAAAUUUCUUUUGUGCUAGGCGGAACCGAAUGGUGCACCGUAUACACGUUCCUCAAGCACACCAGCAAGCCGCUUUAGUGCGCUGAGGAAAAGAUUUUCCCGAGAAGCGAAGGAUUGAUUCUCACUGUUUACACGCACCAAUGCACCACACAUUUCGGAGGCAACGACCGGAUUUUGAGGCCGCGCGGCUACACGGCAAGGCGUCUCCAGAAAGAAGCGCGAGACAGAAGCCCGGCUGCAGAGCAUGGCUUAUAUAUACCCUCCGGAGCGUCACCGGUGCAAUAUCGACGGAUCUCGGAGGCCACACAAAGGACUCCGUGCUGACUCCGCGGCGGUGCCGCUGCAAGGUGCAGCGUGUCCGGAGGAGGUGCGAGAAAAGAAGCCGGUGACAGUUUAUGCUUCUUGGAUGACUCGUUCAGCGUAUUUGCAUACUUGGAUAAUCCUCGUAGAUGCGCUCUCCUCGAAUGCUUUAAAUUCGUGCUAUCGAAGAAAUAAAGAGCUGCCCUGCUCAGUUAUUUUUGGGGCAAGCAACGAGCCUGCGCUCCACUUUCAUAUUAUUACUGACAUACUCGCAACGGAGGAAGAUAUCAAGGCUUUCUUGGAACUUUGCGUAACCAAAGCUUACAUUCAAGGUUCUCGGCUGGUUCUUCGGACAUUACGUACGUAGUACAUAGUCGUAUCGUGCUGUCUAUCCUCAUUGUCAGUCGUAGUAACCCUUCCUUUUUUCACC